AUGCCCGUGUCCUCCCGCGACCGCGCGGCCUACAGAGCCGACGAUGCCACAGAUCACAAGUUUCUCAGCCGGAAAGAACAAGAGAGACUCAUCAGGGCGAACCUUCCUCACCCAAACGAAAUCCCAACCGUCGCAGCGUCCAAGCAAUCCCAGCGUCGGUCACGACUCGGCGUUAGAAGAUUCCUCAAGAACCAGCUCUACGUGCUUGUGUUUGCCGUCAUGCACAGCCUGUUCUCGCUGUACAUCCGCACCCGCCAAGCAAUCCACAUCGUCAGCUACCAAAUAUCGUCCGUCCUGUACUACCACCACGGCACCCCGGAAUACAUUCGACGGGAUGUAGAGAACCUUGGCCGAAAACCAAAGCACCUAAGCGCCAUUCUGAAAGCCGAGGAGAACCAAAGACCCAAAGCCGAUCUCGAUCGCCUCAUUGAAGAGACUGCCGAGCUGGCAGCUUGGUGCGCCAGCGCCGAACUCCCCAUGCUCUCGAUUUACGAAAAGACUGGUAUCCUGAAGAAACACAUGCCCCGAGUGUACGAAGCGGUCAUGCAGAAAUUCACCUUCUACUUCGCCGGCCAACACCCAAGUCUCUCCCUCACGUCCCCCCACAAAGACGCAUUCUCAUCGCCCACCCUCGCGGGCGACAAGCAUGGCCACCUGAAGCUGCACCUCAUUUCUGCCCAGGACGGCAGGGAAUCCAUCGUCGACCUCACCAGGACCUUGGCUGAAAUGUCGCAACGGGGCAAGAUUUCACCGCGUGAUAUAUCCACGGAACUUGUUGACGCAGAACUCUCAGAGGGCAUCAUGCCUGAACCUGAAUUGCUGAUUCUUUUCAGUCCCAGCGUCGAGUUAUCCGGCUAUCCGCCCUGGCAGAUCCGCCUCACUGAGAUUUUCUGCCUCAAGGACAACCAAGGAUUUGGAUACCAAGUAUUCCUCAAGGCUCUCCGGCAAUUUUCCCGCGCCCAGAUGCGUCACGGUAAAUAA